AAUAAAUUGGACUUAUAAAGUGUUUUUGGUAUUUAGAGAAAUAUUAACAAGAUCUAGAAUGUUUCGAGCUGAACCACCAGAGAAGGACAUUGUAGCCAAGGCUGUUGAACGCCGGCGGGCUGCAGAGGCAGCGCGACGGGUCCGUAUAUUCAAUACUAAAAACCGGGUGAUGGGUUUGGACCUACCGGCAAUCGAGAAUCAAGUGACCGAGAAACGUGAACGAGAAAAGAUGGAGAAACAACGAGACAGGGCUUAUGAGCUUUUGGGCGCGACAAUUGACGAAGUACUGAGGAAACGGCAAACAGAGGAGGAGGAAAGGAGGACAGAGUUGUCUAGAGAUCUUGUCCACUUUUGGGCUACUGAACAACGUGCGGAAGAUUCUCGGGAUGCUGACCUUACUUUUAACCACCAGGGGGCCGUCAAGCUCUCUCACCCUAAAUCAGAGAUGGGACCUGCCUGCAUGCAAGUAUUUGCGGGAGAAGGAAUUGGGGAGAGGGAGAAAAAGAGAGCUCAAAUGGAGGAGAACGAAAGAGUCCUGAGAGCGCAAAGAGAUGAGAGAGAACAACGGCAACAAAAGCAAAAACUCAGGGAGCUUCUAACGGAUAUGGAGAUGGUUCAGCUGGACCAGCGAGCAGUGCAUCUGGAUGCUCUGGAGAGCGAGUGUAAAAGAGCUGCUUGCAUUGCUCUCAGCAGUUACAACCAAGCUCAGGCUGAGGAGCGAACGGAGAGACUGAGACAGGAGAAGAUGAAGAAAGAGGGAGAGGAGCUGAUGGAGGUCAAGCACAUGGUGACUUCUGACCUGUUGACAGAAUGCCUGGAAGCGGCAGAAAGACAGGGUGUGGGGACGGCAGACAGAACCCCGGGAAUUCUGUGCGAUCGCUGGAAAGGCAUGAGAGCUGAGCAACUGAGCGCCAUCCACAGGCAGCAAGAGGAACAGCGAUCUGAGAAAGAGAGACAGAGACAGAUUGAGAGGCAGACCGAGUUAGCCUGGGAUGUGGAGCUGAUGAGACAGGCCAGAGCACAGGAGGAAGAGGAGAAGAGACUGAGGGAACUGGAGAGAGAGAGGAGGAUUCAGCUGGACAAUGUCAACCAACAACUGGCUACAGAGCAGCGUGCAUAUCAGCAGUAUCUGAACAAGAAUGUUUACACCAACCGUCCCAGCGCUCGCUUCUUCUCCCAGUUCGGUAGCAGCACUCGCUAACCACAUCCCACUCAGAUCUCUCCUCUC